GCGUAUUCUGUUGCAAAACGGUUCUUAAACAGAAGCAAACCGAAUCAAACGGAGCUGAACAACCUGCAUUUGUCCAAUAGCAACUCUCGUUUUCGUUGCAAAACGCACCUGUUUUGACUGACGAUUACCCUGGACUGUAAAAGACUUGGGACGCACUGCAACCCCAACAAGCGAGUUCAUAGCACAUCAAAUUUCAGAUGCAAAACUGGGCAAGCCACGACUCAUAUCAUGGUAUAGAAUGAGGUUGCAUUGACCCUGCUAGUACUGGCCCAGUAGCCUAGCAUCGAGGUGGAGGCUGGGUCACAGUGAUCAGUAACCCGGCUAGGAGGCUCGGCUCCAGGCUAGCCAGCCUGCCAGCGGAGGGAGGGGGCCUGGUCUUGGAAUGGCCUGGUGAGCUGCGCCGCCUAGCAGCAGAGGAAGGUUUGUGAUGAGCGGGAAGAGCCUGCUGUUAAAGGUGAUUCUGCUGGGGGAUGGUGGCGUGGGAAAGUCUUCCUUAAUGAACCGCUACGUCACGGACCGCUUCGACUCCCAGUCCUUCCACACCAUCGGGGUCGAGUUCCUCAACAGAGACCUGGAGGUGGACGGGCGCCUGGUGACCCUUCAGAUCUGGGACACGGCUGGUCAGGAGCGCUUCAAGUCCCUGAGGACGCCGUUCUACCGUGGCGCCGACUGCUGCCUCCUCACCUUCGCUGUAGACGACCUGCACAGCUUCCAGAACCUGGUCAGCUGGAAGAAAGAGUUCAUGUUUUACUCUGAUGUACGAGACCCAGAGAGGUUCCCCUUCGUUGUACUGGGCAACAAGGUGGACAAAGAGGGGAGGGAGGUGGGGGAGGACGAGGCUCGGGCCUGGUGCGAGGAGAACGGUUGUUGUCCCUACUUCGAGACCAGUGCAAAGGACGAUACGAACGUGGGAGUGGCGUUUGAGGCAGCGGUACUGGAGGUUCUGGCGGCGGAGGAUCAGAUCGACCACACAUUGUUGAGUAGCACUAUCGAUCUCCACGGCAACCGUAAAGUACCGCGCUCUUCUUGCUGCUGAUUGGUUGAAAGGACUGGUCGGAGCUAGCUCCUCCCUGAGUCCUCUCUGUCUAGCCUGUAGCACUCUGGGAGCUCUCCACUGAUGAUGAUGAUGAUGAUGAUGAUGCAGGUACAAGCUACUGACAACCUGAUUAUCAACACAGCUGAUUUUAAAUAGUGUCAGGUUGUCGGUUCAGACUGAUUUGGAAGCGUAUUGGAUGAUCAACACAUCUGAUUUUGGAAGGUUAUCAAUGAGGUACAAUGUAACAGGUACACCAUGUUAUUCAACUCUGUCUGCGUUCUGCGGUAUAUCACAAAACUGCUAUCUACAUCCAGCCAGCUUCAGCUUCAUGUAUCUGCCUUGUGUAGUGUUUUCACCAUAUAGGCCUAGCCCUCCUACAUAACAGUCAUUUUAAUCUGAUAAUAUUAUUAAUGUGUCCUUUCUGUUCUCCUCUCCAAGAGCACAGACUGCUUGUGGCACAGCAACAUUCUCAUUCAUUCAUCUCUAAGUCUUCUAAGGUCUCACAGGUACUCUGACCAGAACAUGAUCAUCACCCUGUCAGGUCUCACAGGUACUCUGACCAGAACAUGGCCAUCACCCUGUCAGGUCUCACAGGUACUCUGACCAGAACAUGGCCAUCACCCUGUCAGGUCUCACAGGUACUCUGACCAGAACAUGGCCAUCACCCUGUCAGAUCUCACAGGUACUCUGACCAGAACAUGAUCAUCACCCUGUCAGGUCUCACAGGUACUCUGACCAGAACAUGGCCAUCACCCUGUCAGGUCUCACAGGUACUCUGACCAGAACAUGGCCAUCACCCUGUCAGGUCUCACAGGUACUCUGACCAGAACAUGGCCAUCACCCUGUCAGAUCUCACAGGUACUCUGACCAGAACAUGAUCAUCACCCUGUCAGGUCUCACAGGUACUCUGACCAGAACAUGGCCAUCACCCUGUCAGAUCUCACAGGUACUCUGACCAGAACAUGACAAUCACCCUGUCAGGUCUCACAGGUACUCUGACCAGAACAUGAUCAUCACCCUGUCAGGUCUCACAGGUACUCUGACCAGAACAUGAUCAUCACCCUGUCAGGUCUCACAGGUACUCUGACCAGAACAUGACAAUCACCCUGUCAGAUCUCACAGGUACUCUGACCAGAACAUGGCCAUCACCCUGUCAGGUCUCACAGGUACUCUGACCAGAACAUGAUCAUCACCCUGUCAGGUCUCACAGGUACUCUGACCAGAACAUGAUCAUCACCCUGUCAGGUCUCACAGGUACUCUGACCAGAACAUGGCCAUCACCCUGUCAGGUCUCACAGGUACUCUGACCAGAACAUGAUCAUCACCCUGUCAGAUCUCAGAGUCAUGUUCUGGUCAGAGUACCUGUCUAUCACACUGUCACAUCUCAUUACAUUUGUUGACUGACUGGUGGAAUAUAAUAUAAUACACUGACAUAGACCUGGUCUGUUGACUGACUGGUGGAAUAUAAUAUAAUACACUGACAUAGACCUGGUCUGUUGACUGACUGGUGGAAUAUAAUUUAAUACAAUGACAUAGACUGGACUUUUUUUCCAGUUCAGUUUAAGAACUGACAACAUUGAUUACACACAUUACUGUACCAGGAGAAAUGUUUACUGCACAAAGGAAUUACAUUUUCUUUGAUUUUCUCCCAAAGGGUCUUGAAAAAGAAGGGUCAACAUUGCAAAUAUUGACUCUUUGCAUCAAUUUCAUGUAAUUGUCAAUAAAAGCCUUUGACACUUAUGAAAUGCUUGUAAUUAUACUUCAGUAUUCCAUAGUAACAUCUGACAAAAAUAUCUAAAGACACUGAAGCAGUAAACUUUGUGAAAAUUAAUAUUUGUGUCAUUCUCAAACCUUUUGGCCACGACUGUAUACCAGAUGAUCCAGUAUUCUCUCCAAAUAUCCUAUAGGACUAACACUUCCUAGAAAGCCUGUGUGUGAGAGUUGUAGGAGACACCGGCUGUAAUUUCAUCUCUUACCUACUACGGUACAUCCCUCUCUUUUGACACUUCAAUGUUAACGAUAUAACGUUCGUAUUCAAUAAAGCGUGUUCCCUAUAGAUACGCCAGUUUUUGUUUGGCGUAUGGCAGAUCCA